GGGUUCAUAAAUUAUAAGUUCUGUGAUUAAAACCAAUAGGUUCCAAAACCAUAAAUAAUAUUGAGGAAAAUAUAUCUUCAUUGCCGCGUUAGGGAAUCGAACACAGGUUCUAGUAUAAUGCCUUGCGAAUAACGAAAAAACAUGUUUGAAAAAUAUAACCUUUUGAAUUUCAAAGGAUGUUACGGUUGGAUUUUCUGCAAAUCCAAGGGAAGGGGUUUUCUUUCCGAUUGGGUCUUUUCGAGUAAGAACAUUAACCAACAAUACAUGCUUCUGAGUUACAAUCUUACAACUGAUAUGAUCAAUUUGAAUGGUUAUUCCGCUGCACUGUUUAAAAAAUUGGAUCUGUGCAAGCAUCCGCCAUGUCUCUCAAGACUUUGAACUUAGCUUAUAUACCAACUCUCAGCUGAAGGUGUCUUAUAAUACACAAGACAAGAGUUGGGAUAUAGAUGAGCUCAUCGCACAAUGUGUUCAAGAGGAGACUCGGCAAAAGCUAGAAAGAGGCAAGGAUGUUGAGACUGUGAAUUUUGUGCAAGUAGGAAAGGGGAAGAAAUUCAACAAUGCUGGAAAUAAUUCAGAGAUUUGGUUGGGGAAUUUGGUCCAACACUUGGCGGGCAUAGUCGAGGCUGGAGAAGGAAGAGAGGGCACAGACGGUGAUAAGCUUGCUGGCGGAGUAGGGGUCGAAGAGAAGGCCUGUACGGAGCAUUUGGGAGUGGACUUGCUUCAGCUGCUUGAUGCUGGUGCAGUGGUCGAUUGAGGAAAGAGGUGGGUCGCUUGAGAAACGAAGGUCGUUAGUGGCGGUUGGGGAUGUAGGGUUUGUGGGUGACGUGGCAGAGAUAUAAGGGGGUGCUUAGAGUUGCCAUCUCUUCUGUGGUCACUCUCGCACUAGCUGUUUUCACUUGAGGUUUUUUAAAAGGAAAACUAAUGAAAAAGAUUUGAAAGCUUUGAAUUUUAACGAUAAGGACAAAAUAAAGGGUAAAGUGAAUAGUAUUAGGAUUUACUUUUUAGUGUAAAAAUGUGAUUUUUCGUUAAAGUGAACAGUACCGGGAGUUUUUCGUUAAAGUUCCCUUUUUAAAAUUCUUUGAGGAGAUUCGAUCUUGUGAAAACGUUUUUAUGUUCCGCAUCGUGAAAACGUUCUUCGAUUUAAAAUUAACUUUAGCCGGUUCGGACUAAAAAAACCAUCGGUUUCACUUGUUGAGGCAAGAAUGCAUGACUUGUUAACUUAGAUGUAACCCAUGCCAAAUUAAUUGUAUUUCAGGCCGAACAUGAAUCCGUUUGAAGCUACUCAUAUUGUACUAGAGAAGCCAAUGCAUGAACAAUGGAUUCAUUUUACCUCCUCACCUAACUACUCGAGAUUAGGGAGUAGGUUUAGGUGGGAAAGUUUUAGAAACAUUUCCAUACUUUGUGCCGGAAGUAUUUCACUUAAUUUUCUUUUUAGUUUUGAACUUUGGCGAUAUUUAUUAUGUGCUUUUAAGACCCAAGACUCCAUUAUUCGAUUAUUCACUUAAUCUUGUUAGUUAUAGGUGUUUUUCUUCUAGUAUUCAAGGCUCCAAGAACACAGAUGUUCUAAUUAAUGUGGCUACACCUAAUAUUUUGAGUUUAGCAAACAUAAGAUCCGGGUAAAUGGAAAAGAAAAACCAAAAAAUCAAUUCCACUUUAAU